AUGCCUUCUUCUCUCCUGACCCGUCACUCGAAUUUUCACUUUCAGGCCCUGAUGGUUAGCCCGAGUAAUGCAGCCUGCAACGACCUGGCCCAAGAGGUCCAGCGCAUCGCGACCAACGCCUUCGCCGACCGCGCUAUAAUAGUGGUCCGUCUUCACGCCACCGAGAUCGAGAUUAAUAUAGCACACUAUCAAGCCGAGCAGGCUCGCAACGCUUCUGACGACGCUCGUCCGCCUAUCAUCCAGGGGAGCCUCGAUCAGACCAUCGCGCAAAUGCUGAUCUGCCAAGCUCUCCACGACGACUACUAG